AUGAGUGCAAACCAGAUACAAUUUGAAUAUCUUCUAUAUUCCCUAUUGUCGAUAGAGAAUAUAGAGCGCAAACAGGCUGAGGAAACUUAUAGAAAUCUUUCACGGUAGCUGAAGGUAACCAAUUUGCUUGGCAGCAUUUGCAAUGCUCAACAGUCCGAGGAGAUACGACACAUGUCAGCCGUCUUGUUGCGCCGUCUCUUCAAAAACGAGUUUUUGGACUUCUACAAAAAGCUGGCAGUGGACUCGCAGCAGCAGUUAUUGCAGCAGAUAUUGAUUAGCGUGCAACAGGAUGUGACGCCACAGUUGCGUCAUAAGAUUUGCGAUAUUAUUGCCGAAGUGGCACGCAACCUCAUCGAUGAGUGGCCUCAAAUCUGUCAGUUUCUGUUCCAAUGCCUCGAUUCAUCAAAAAGAAUAUUUUUGAAAAUGAUGACAGAUCUGGUUGAGGAUGCCACCUGGCAGACAGACGAUGCCAUCGAUGAAUUUGAUCAGUGUGAUAAUAAUUUUGUUGCACAAGCCUCGCUGGAUCGUUUGGCCUGUGGAUUGGGUGGCAAAAUGAUAUUGCCGCACAUUUGUUCAAGUCUGCCCGAAAUGCUAACCCAUACGGACUGGAAGCAUCGUGUUGCCGCCCUUAAUACCAUUGGGAUCAUUGGUGAGGGAUGUCACAAGCAAAUUGAACCCAUGCUCGAUCAGAUAUCGUGCGGUGUACUAACCUUUUUAUACGACCCCAAUCCAUCCCAACCCCAAUCCCAAUCUCUCUGCAAUGCCCUUGGAAAAAUGUCGACGGACUUUGCGCCCAGCUUUGAGAGGAAAUUCCAUGCACAGGUGGUGCCCGGUUUGUUAAUGCUCUUGGCAGAUGAGCAACAUCCUCGUGUUCAGGCUCAUGCUGGCGCUGCUUUGGUCAAUUUCAGCGAGGAAUGCCCCAAGAAUAUAUUGUUACGCUAUCUCAAUGCCAUUAUGGCCAAAUUAGAGGCCCAACUGAGCUCCAAGUUCAAGGAACUGGUCGAAUUGGGCAACAAGCUGGUCUUGAAGCAGAUUAUCACGACAGUUGCAUCGGUGGCGAAUAAGUGCCAAGCUGUUCAAGCAUUGCCCUAUUUGCUCGACUGUGCCAAGAUUAAGGGCACACAGUAUCUGGAGAACAUGUGGCUAUACAUUUCUCCCGAACUGAUUAAGGCAAUCCGCACCGAAACGGAACCGGAGAUACAGUUUGAGCUAUUGGAUUCAUUGGGCAAAUGUAUUAAAACUUUCGGUCCCGACUGCCUCAACGAGGCGACCAUGAAGCAGGUGCUUCAAAUUGUCAAUAAGUUUGUGCAAAACCAUUUUGAAAGCGCCGAUAAGAGAAUGGCUGUCCGUCUCGAGGAGGAUUACGAUGAUGGCGUUGAGGAACAGCUGGCUGAUCAGCAUGAUACAGACAACUGUAUGCUAGCCAAGGUUGUAGAUAUUAUUCACGUUCUCUUUCUUACAGGCAAGGCGUCUGUCUUCGAGCAGAUAUCACAGGAUAUUGUUAAGCUUCUACAUCCCAAUCGUCCAUAUACUGAUCGCUACUGGGGUCUUUGUGUAUUCAAGGAUUUAAUUGAAUUAUCUGGUCCCUCUUGUGCAUCGUAUCAGCAUAUAUUUAUACCACCAUUUCUGCAAUAUGUGGUCGAUAAGUCACCCGAUAUUCGACUGGCAGCUGCCCUUGGCUGUGGAGCUUUGGCCCAGUACGGUGGGGAUCAGUUUGCCUAGACAUGUGCCCAGUUCAUUCCCCUUUUGCUGCAAGUCAUUAAUGAUCCUAAAUCACGCGAGGGGGAGAAUACAAUGCCAACGGAGCAUGCCAAUUCAGCAAUUUCUAAGAUCCUCAAGUACAUCAAAUCGGGUUUGACCAAUGUGAAUGAGUUAAUUGCAGCCUGGCUCACCUGGCUUCCCACAUCAGAUGAUCUCGAUGAAGCGGUUCACAUCUAUGGCUAUUUUUGCGAUUUAAUUGAGAGCGAUCAUCCUGUCAUUUUGGGCACCAAUAAUUGUAUUCUGCCCCGAAUUGUAUCCAUUAUAGCGGACACCUUCUGUAACGAUGUUCUGGAAGCGAAGACACCCCCUGGAACCCGCCUGCUCACCAUUAUCCAGCACAUUGACUCUUAUCCCGAAGUGAUGCAGGCAUGUGCCCACUCGUUGAAUCCCAAGCAGCAGGAGGUGUUGCAUGAAGCAUAUCGAGAAUUUUGCGCUGCGGCAUCAACAUAAACUGGUGGCCAAAUAAAUUUCUUCCCUCUACUAGAGCAACAGAAUAUUCUAGAAACUAUAUUUUUAUAUAUUCAAUUUUGUAUACAUGAGCUAAAA